UAAUGACUUGUGUGCUCCGCUAGGAAAAGUCGUCCGGUCAAGCUGAAAAGUCUCUUCUAUUUCUGAUCAGCCUUGAUGUUCAGUGGACUAAUAAAAACUUCUGCUCUUCUGGAUCCUCACAGUUUAGCAUGCUCUAAACCCUAAUUUGAUUGUUCGAUGAUCCUUCAAUGCUGCCCUGCACGAUCUAGGACACUGACAGGGCCGACAGUUUGCCCCAGGAAAGCUUAAGGUUUAGGCAAAAUGCAGGGCUUCAUGAAAAGGAUGGGGCAAUCUAACGUCUCUGGAUUUCUGAUUAUUCUAGCGAUCGUCAUUGGAAUUUGCGGUGUGGCGGAGUCCAGGCAUCCACAGCCGAAGAAUGUGCAGGUGUCUCUGCGGGCAAAAUGGUCAGGCACUCCGCUACUUUUGGAGGCAGGUGAAUUGCUGGCAAAUGAACGAAAGGACCUCUACUGGGAAUUUGUGAGAUUCUGGCUUGAAUCUGAUCAUCAUCUAGCAGCGACAAAUGCAAAAGAUUGCUUCCAAGAGAUCCUGAAACAUGGAAGCUUCCUUCUAAGCAGGGCAUUGGGAUCUUUUUUUGAAUUCGCUCUCAUUCUUCGAUCAGCUUCUCCAAAAUUAGUGCUUUACCGGCAGUUAGCGCAGGAAUCAAUAUCAUCAUUUUUCCUGUCACAGGAAAAGGAAGGCAACAAAAAUAUUUCUUACUCUGACAUGGAAAAAGAGUUUGAUAGAUGGGAAUUGAACAGGAAUCCAAAUGCUCCUGAUGGAAAAUGCUGCUGGGUCGAUCUUGGAUCAACUAUUUUGUUUGAUGUUUCUGAGUUAUCUGCCUGGCUUAGCAUUCCAAAGACUUUGGAAGAUUUAACAGAAGAGCCUGAAAUUUUUGAUUUCGAUCAUAUUUACCCGGAAUCAAACAAGAGGAGUCCUAUAGCAAUCUUGUAUGGAGCUCUUGGGUCGAGUUGCUUCCUAAAUUUUCACCGGAUCUUAGCUGAGGCAUCAAGAAAGGGUGAAGUGCAAUAUAUUGUUCGACCUGUGAUACCUUCUGGAUGUGAAUCAAAAGCUGAGUACUGCUCUGCUGUAGGAACAGGGAACAUAGUGAAUCUGGGUGGCUAUGGUGUGGAACUUGCUUUGAAGAACAUGGAAUACAAAGCCAUUGAUGAUAGUGAAGUGAAGAAAGGAGUAAUCUUGGAAGAUCCUAAAACGGAAGAACUCAGCCAAGAAGUUAGAGGGUUUAUAUUUUCCAAGCUUUUGGAACGCAAACCUGAGCUAGCAUCAGAUGUGAUGGCCUUUCGUGAUUAUCUGCUCUCAUCCUCAGUGUCGGAUACCCUUGAAGUAUGGGAACUGAAAGAUCUAGGAUAUCAAUCAGCACAGAGAAUUGUUCAGGCUUCAGAUCCAUUACAUACCAUGCAAGAAAUCAACCAAAACUUUCCAAAUCUUGUUUCUUCUUUGUCACGCAUGAAGCUUAAUCAAUCUAUCAAAGAUGAAAUCGCUGCCAAUCAGCGGAUGGUGCCUCCAGGAAAAUGUUUGAUGGCCAUAAAUGGAGCAUUGAUAAGCACUGAUAGCAUUGAUCUUUUCUCUUUGUUGGAAUUGAUUCAUGGAGAAUUAUCCUUGGCUGAUCGGAUGGCUAAUGUUACGGUUCCCCAAACAGCUAUAAAAAGUUUAUUGCAUACACAUGCACCGCCAGAACAGAGUUCUUUGCGUGUAGAUUUCCGAUCCAUACAUGUACACUACCUGAACAACAUUGAGGAGGAUUCAAUGUAUAGACGGUGGAGGAGCAAUCUGAAUGAGCUGCUCAUGCCAGUCUUCCCCGGCCAACUUCAUUAUAUUCGCAAAAAUCUGUAUCAUGCUGUUUAUGUCAUUGAUCCUUCUACUGGAGCUGGGCUGAAGGUUGUCAACAGUAUCCUGUAUAUGUUCGAGAAUAAUGUACCUAUGAGGUUUGGAAUUAUCUUGUUUUCAUCAAAACUAGCUGCAACAAUUGAAGAAAAUGAUGGUGAAAUCCCUGAAUAUUUUGACAAGGAGCAGAGGAUUGGACACAUGAAUGACGGUGAUGAUACUUCUAGUUUUAUGAUUUCUUUGUUCCUUUACAUCAAGGAGAACUAUGGGAUAAAAAUGGCAUUUCAGUUUUUAAGCAGCGUGAACAAUCUUUGGGAUGCCAAUGAUGAUGAGGUUGUCGAAAUAGGCGAUGUGGAACAGGCUUUUGUAGAGACUAUUCAAUCGAAAGCUGAUUCACCACCACAAAAUAUCUUGUUGAGUUUGGAAAAUGAAGUGAAAUUUAAAAGCCUGGCUUAUCAAAGUACCUUAUUUGUGUUCAAGCUGGGAUUGUCAAAAAUCCAAUCCUGUCUCCUGAUGAAUGGUCUUGUUUAUCCAUCCAGUCAGGAACCAGAUUCAGCCAUUCAGGCUAUGAAUGAGGAGCUUGUCAAAAUUCAAGAAGGGAUCUACUAUGGACAAAUUGGUUCCAAUACAGAUAUUUUGGAAAAAUUCCUUUUGGAGAGUGGUCAUCCUCGAUACAAUCCACAGAUCAUUCACAGUGGGAAGGGACAUCAGAAAUUUGUGUCACUUUCUGCAUCAGUUGCAAAGAAGGAUUCUGUGAUAAUGAAACUUCAAUAUCUACAUUCUCCAGAAACUGAAAAUGAUGUGAAGCCUAUCACUCAUCUUCUUGCUGUUGACCUUACUUCAAAGAGAGGGCUGAAGUUUCUUCGCAAUGGGAUUCGCUAUUUGUUGGAUGGUUCGAAGAGGGCACGUGUUGGCGUACUAUAUAAUAUGGACAAUUUAGAUUCUUUUUCUGAGCAAUCUCCUCCUUUGCUUCUUAUGAAGGUUAUUGAUUUUUCUGUAUUCUCUGUCAGGGAUCGCGCAAAGGCCUUGCACUUCUUAAAUCAGUUAAUCAUUUGGUAUGAGUCUCAACAUAUAUCUUCUUCAGAAGAAAGUGAUCCCAGUAUCGGUACCUUUAUUGAAGAAGUUUCUAAGCUGGCUGAAUCUAGUGACUUGAAGUUUGAAAACCUGAGAUCUGAACUAUCAGCAGGCACUUGGGAUCUUUUAAGUUGCAAAUACUAUUUGCAAAAGGUGUCAAGAUUCCUAUCACUAGAGUUUGGACUGAAGCCAGGAGAUAAUGCUGUCAUUACUAAUGGAAGGGUGGUUCUUCUUGGUGAACAAAGUUUCUUCAGUGAUGAUUUGAAACUGCUAGAAGCUGUGGAAUAUGAUAGAAGAAUCAAACACAUUGCAACUAUCAUUGAGAAAGUUGACUGGGUUGGAGUGGAACCUGAUGAAAUAACAAGUGAUUUUAUCAGUGACAGAAUAAUGGCAAUAUCAUCUGCAAUGGCUGCUCGUUCGCGAAGUUCUGAUGUAGCUCGUUUUGAAAUUCUAAGUGCUGAGCACAGUGCUAUCGUCAAGGGGAGAGAGGAUGCUAAUGUACACAUAGAUGCUGUCAUUGAUCCUUUGAGUUCUUCUGGUCAGAAGAUUGCUCCACUUCUUCGUCUACUGGAGAAAUGGUUCCAACCUAGCUUGCGGAUUAUCAUGAAUCCCAUGAGCUCUCUCGCUGAUCUUCCACUCAAGAACUUCUACAGAUACGUUGCUCCAACAAAGAAUGAUUUCAGUGGUGAAAGUUCCUUGAUAAAUGGUCCAACUGCAUGGUUUUCAAACAUGCCCUUGUCUAAAACACUGACCAUGAAUUUGGAUGUUCCUGAGCCAUGGCUUGUUGAGCCUGUAAUUGCUAUUCACGAUCUGGAUAAUAUUGUUCUUGAGAAUCUUGGAGAUGCAAGGACAUUACAGGCUGUAUUUGAGCUAGAGGCCAUUGUUUUAACUGGUCAUUGCUCAGAAAAAGAUCAUGACCCUCCUCGAGGUCUUCAAUUACUUCUGGGAACGAAGCAGAAACAACAUAUGGUUGACACUAUUGUAAUGGCUAAUUUGGGCUAUUGGCAACUAAAAGCUGCUCCCGGUGUGUGGACCCUAAGUCUUGCACCUGGAAGAUCUGCAGACCUCUACACUUUAGAAGGACCACAUGAAGGAACUGAGGAAGGUCCUAUGAAAAAGCUUAUAGUAAUUGAUGACUUAGGUGCACAGUUAGUUCGCCUUGAAGUGGUAAGAAAGAAGGGGAAAGAGAAGGAAAAUUUACUUAGUGCUGCUGAUGAUAUUGACGAUAAUGGUCACUCAGAAGGAGGAGAGCAGAUGAAGCGUAAAGGAUGGAAGAAAGGACUACUGAAAUGGGCAUCUGGUUUAAUCGGUGGAGAAGGAAAUGAUAAGGGAGAUAAGGACUCUAAUGUGCAUAGAGAAAUUGGAAGGCAUGGUGAUACGAUCAAUAUUUUCUCAGUAGCUUCAGGGCAUUUGUAUGAACGUUUUCUUAAAAUAAUGAUUCUAAGUGUGCUUAAGAACACGAAUCGUCCGGUGAAGUUUUGGUUCAUCAAGAAUUAUCUCUCCCCACAAUUUAAGGAUGUUAUACCACACAUGGCACAUGAGUAUGGAUUUGAAUAUGAGCUUAUUACAUACAAAUGGCCUACAUGGUUGCAUAAGCAGACGGAGAAGCAACGAAUCAUUUGGGCUUACAAGAUUUUGUUUCUGGAUGUCAUUUUUCCACUUUCAUUGAAGAAGGUUAUUUUUGUAGAUGCUGAUCAAAUUGUUAGAGCUGAUAUGGGUGAACUAUAUGAUAUGGAUAUUAAAGGAAGGCCUCUUGCAUACACGCCUUUUUGUGACAACAACAAGGAAAUGGAUGGCUAUCGAUUUUGGAGACAGGGUUUUUGGAAGGAUCACUUGCGUGGUAGGCCAUAUCAUAUUAGUGCUUUAUAUGUGGUAGAUUUGGCCAAAUUUCGUCAAACUGCUUCUGGAGAUACAUUGCGGGUAUUCUAUGAAACACUCAGUAAGGAUCCCAACAGUCUCUCAAACCUUGACCAGGAUCUUCCGAAUUAUGCCCAACAGACAGUACCGAUAUUCUCUCUGCCUCAGGAAUGGCUAUGGUGUGAAUCUUGGUGUGGAAACGCUACAAAAUCCAAAUCCAAGACAAUUGAUCUGUGCAAUAAUCCAAUGACGAAGGAGCCUAAGCUCCAGGGUGCUAGGCGUAUAGUUGCUGAAUGGCCAUCGCUUGAUGAAGAGGCAAGAAAGUUCACAGCAAAAAUACUGGGUGAAGAGAUUGGCUCCCAAAUAGAAGAACCACAACCAGCCAGCCCUCCUCAAGAUUCCAGCAGCGAUGAUGACCAUGAUGAAUUGUAAAACUAUGUUCUUUGAGUGAUUACAGAUGGAAGAAAUUUUUGUAGCGAACUAUUUGAGUACAAAUCUCUUCUGCAAAUAAGAAGAGAGCAGUGUAAUGUUUACCCUUUGAUUUAUUUAUUUAUUAGUUUACUUUAAAGGCAAUGAUUUAUUACGGAUUUGUCCUCUUUACUGGAUGCGUCAAUUGGCUGUGUUUCCUGGCCAUGUACUGUUACAUCUCACUGACCUAGUGUGGUCACUAGUGGAGGUUAAUAUAAUUUCAUUUCAAUGCCUAUUAAACACAA